CAUGACUGCCCGAUAGAGGCUGGUGGCACUAAUAUGUUUAUUGUUAAGGAAUACAUAACAAUAAGCCGACUAUUUUGCAUACAAAUAGACAAUAGUCUAUCUCGAGCCGGCUAUAGAAGUCUUCUGACACAGUUAUCAUACAAAUGAAUCGUGAGCAGCUGUUACUGAAGACACAUAAAGCUAAACAACAGAAUAGAUUUUUCUGGCUUUCGAAACAGCUCAGAAUUUUGAUAUUCAUUAAAAGAGGGCGUCGCAACCGUCGUUGGCUUCCAGUAGUGUUGGCGGCCGUAACUGGUCAAACAGUGUAUGGUUUCCCGCUCGUUUCACUGUCUGGAACCUAAGGUUUCUCCAAAUAGCGAAUAAUGGACACCCAGUCAUGUGUAAGGCCUCAGCAGCAACAAGACGCAUUCUCGGACCAGCCAAAAGCUCCUCGCUGUGCGAGAUGUAGAAACCACGGAAUCAUUUCGCAGCUUAAGGGCCACAAGAGAUAUUGUCCCUGGCGGGAUUGCUCCUGUACCAAAUGCAUACUGAUUCUUGAGAGGCAGCGUCUCAUGGCAGCUCAAGUUGCACUUCGAAGGGACGAGGAAGAGAUCCCGAAAGAAAACGGUUUAAUUAGGAAUUCAGAGUCUUCACCUUCGAACUUAACAAGUAUUGAUGUUCUCAAUCAAGAUACCGUCUCGUCGUCUACUGAAAGAGACCAUGGCCUAGCUUCACCGUCGACCUCUGAAGAAGAUGAGACAAGACAAGAAGUAAUCCCAGACCAUCAUGACGACAUAUCAGACCAACCGAAAUCUCAUGAUCCUUUUCAAGAUGAGGCAGAACUGAUAACACCAGCUAAAAAAUACAAGCAUGAAACAGAAGUGAACGAGGAUACAAGACACAGCUCUCCUCAGUCUUCGGAAAUGUCUCCUGCUUCGGAGGAUAGAGGCUCGGUGAGCUCACCACAACAGCUUCUACAUUAUGCAAAUGGGCCCCCAUCAAAUCACGUCGUUCAAAGUCAUGUGCCUGGAAGUGCUAGUAUGCAAAGAGGCCUGAUUUUCCAUUACCCAGCAUGCACUUCAACACCAGCCUGCAUGAGAAUGCAUCACAGUGCAGGGUUAAAUACUCUUCGGCUAAACCACCAUCUUCCUCACAACGGAGCCUUCUUCCACCAGCCAGGUCCAAGCUUGCCACCAGUGCAGCACCCUCCUGGAAUUCCAGUCCCGCAUCCUCCCAGCCACCCACCUACGGCGUUACCACCGGUCAAGUCAAUAGAGCUACUACAGCGACUCUUUCCUGAACAAAACCGGCAUGUAUUGGAGCUAAUUUUACAGGCUUGCGAUGGAGAUAUAGUACAAACUAUAGAAUGUAUAUUGCCAACCCAUGAGAGAGUAGGUCGACGGACAUCAGGUAAAAUACCUUGCUCCUGUCAAGAUGCCAACUGUACCUUCAACCGACCAGCCAAUGCAGAAAGGGCAGGAUCAGCAUUCUCGCCUAUCGGAUCACGCCCUGUUAUUCCGUGUAAACAGAACAGUAACUCGGUACCCAGCACUACAAAAGUAGGAGAACCGAGUCAUGAUGCGACACGGCAAAUGAAGAUACCAGGAAUGAACGCACUGCAAGAUUCUGAAACGAUACCUCCUGUCUAUAUUGUGAAUACAUCACCAAGUGACAGCCCAGAUAGCAGAGUUUCCUCUGAGGAGCCAGCAGAUGUUGCUAGUGAAAGACUCCCAGAACCAAAGAAUAAAGUAUGUUCAAGCUGUGGGCGAAGGUCUUCCAAUUCAGACAAUUUCUGCAGUGCUUGUGGGAAAAAAUUAUAAAACUCACUUCAACGUAGAGGGGUUUGCCUUUGUCUUUACGAGGAAAGUGGACUGUUAAUUGCCAACAGACGAAUGGCCCGAGAAUUGUUUUCGAUGAAUUGAAUGCAGUGGUGUAUUCUAAUCUGGGUUUCAAAGGGCUAUUACAGCUUAUACAACUAUUUUCGAUAGUAUUAAUGCUACAUUCAAAAGUAUGCAAGCCUUAAAAUUGCAUGCAAUAUUAAUUUUAUUGAUUUUUGAAUUCUUAAAGCAGCUGGUUAAGGUCUAUGAGACAACUUUCCAAGCUAAAAUAUGAGUUGAAGGCACAGAGAGCGAAGCAGGGACAAAAGAAGUUCGUUAAUGACAUAAUUUAAAAAGCAAAAUUGAAAACGAGCUAAGAUUACAUAUAUUAGUUAGAAGAAGAAGGGAACCUGUAUUUAAAGAGCAAGUUUAACUUGAACACUCUUAUAAAGAAAUCUUACUCAUAAAAUUGACUGAGAGAUAAAACUGAUUUUUGAAAAUGAGAGUUUUCAAAGGUCAUUUUGUGGUUUUUUGGGUAGAAUUAUUUAUUCAAAGGUUUCUUACUGAAUUUUCCUUUGAUUUUAUCAUGCAUAAAUUAUUCAAUUAAGGACAGAAAGUUUAACGAUUCCAAUUUGAAAGGAAAACUAGUUAUUUUGAGUUCUUGGUAAAAUACUUUAUUUCGCAUGAAAAUUUUUCUCUUAGAAAUUGACAAAUUUGUGUCAACUUUUGAGGACUUUUGCAAUAAGAAUGCAGGUAUGUUAAUCCUAAGGACAAAGAUAGUUUCAAAUUGUGCAACUCAUUCGUCAUACAAAAUGAUUUCUCUUUAAUUAUUGAAGGUAUGGCAAUGACAAUGGUUGGUGUAUAGAAGUGAGACCUUAAUCGUUUGGCAUUUAAGGUCAUAUUCUGUGUCAUUAUUUCUUGUAAAUUUCGAACUUCUUUGACGACUAUCACAGCUUAACAUAGAUAGUAAUAGACAAGUAGACGAAUAUAUGGAACAUUUUAAGACUUAAGAGACAAUUUAAAAACUUAUGUUAUUACAAAGUAGAGAGUAAUGUGUUUAGAAUAGUCAAAUUGUGAAAAUUUAUCCAAUGCCUGUUAUUAAAGGUGCAACGCAUGAAACACAAGAAAGUGCCUGAAUCAUACAUUCAUUAAACGUA